AUUCUCCGCAUGCGCACUGUAGGUUGCUCCGUUGUGCUUUGGUUGGUGGACGGAAGGCUUCGCUUUGCCUUAUGGGAAGAUGGCGCUGAACUCGACUAAUCCUUCGCAGCUGUUACCGCUGGAGCUGGUGGACAAAUGCAUUGGUUCACGCAUUCAUAUUGUCAUGAAAAAUGAUAAAGAAAUUGUAGGAACGCUACUAGGUUUUGAUGAUUUUGUCAAUAUGGUACUUGAAGAUGUCACAGAAUUUGAGAUCACGCCAGAAGGAAGAAGAAUCACAAAACUGGAUCAAAUCUUAUUGAAUGGGAAUAACAUAACUAUGCUUAUACCUGGUGGUGAAGGCCCUGAAGUAUGAUUGAACCUCUCCAACUUUCCACUGUGAAGCUUUGAAUCUGGUUUUGUUUUUUCUAACUUUCUACAAUAUAAUUUCAUCAGAAUUGCCAAAAGUUUGCUAAUAUUUUGUAUGUUGAGUGAAGUGUAUGUGGUCUCAGAAGAGGUGAAUCAUAACCAAGAGCAUGUAAAACUUGUUUUUUUUAGGAAAAUAAAUAAAAUGUUUUAAGUUAUAACUUCAGUUUUGCGUUGUGUGUGGUUUUACAUUUUUAUGAAAUACAGCUUUUUUUAAGUAGAUCUUGACAAUCUUUGGUGUUAAUUCCUUGUUGAAACCACAUUUUGCUGAACAUUUCAUUCAAUUUUGUUAGGUACUUUGUAAAUGGAUCUAUGUUAAAAUCAACUGUGGAAAAGAAUCAGAAAUUUUCCACCUGAAGGCGAUCAUUGUUAGUGAAUUGAAAGGAAGUCUUCUUGCCCUAUGUUGGUUUCUACUUGCUUUAAAUCUCAAUGAAAUUUUCUCGCAGCCUGUUUUAUUUCAAAGAAAAUGAAGUGUAAAAUAGUGCCUAAGAUAGUGAAUUUAAUUCUGACCCAAUUUAUUUUGUGCUUUGUCUGCAUGGUAAUUUGGGACAAAGUUUAACAUGGUUACUUCUAUAAAUUUUCAUCCAGGGUGUUGAGCAAAAAACUUCUAAUACUUUAGAUACGGUGCUACAUUGUGUUAUGAGCAUUAUUGUGUGCUGUCCAGCUAGUUCUUUUAAUAUAAAGUAACAAGCUACAACAAGUUCAGAAUGGAUCAAAUAAUAAAUUAGUACAUUUAUUAUUUUACUUGCAAGUGAAAUUCUAUUUUCCAGCCAAGUAUUGUCUGAAAAAAUAGCUUUGAUCUUGUGUCUCAAACAAAGCACUUUUAUACUUUUUACAGAGAAAAUUAAUUAUGUUGUUCCAUUCCUGUUACAGUAUCUUCAUCCUUAUCUGGUUCUGACAUUUGUUCUUUAGAAGCACAGU